AUGCGUCCGGAAAUCGUUCAGACAACGAUCGAUGAAAAAUAUCUUGAUCUCCAGCAGAAUCCUCAACUAUCUAAGUGGACAAACAUGGGAAAGAAUAAUGAAAUGAUCUUCUUGAAUAAGGAAGGUGCUUAUAUUGAAACAAAUGAUCUUAUAUUCAAAUUUAUGGAUGAUAACAUUGAACAUAGGCACUUUCUUGAUCUGGGAACUGGAAAUGCAGAAUUGUUGUUACAUGUAAAUAAGCUAUUGAAUAUUCCUUUUGAUUGCAUUUUUGGAAUUAGCGCUGUUGAUCAUCGACCAGUCGAUUCACUGAUUCCUAAUACAUCUUACUUCAUAACGAAUAUCGACAAUCUUAAUGAAUGGUCAAAUAAAAUAACAACAUUCAGGUACAGCCUAAUUGUAUCUAGUAGUACGUUUUAUCAUCUGGUUGAUCCUUUAACUGCAUUAGAAACUGUUUACGAUCUGCUGGAAAUAAAUGGAUUAGCAAUAAUACGCCAUAUUCCACUUUCUAUUUUACGUAUAAACGCACAACAUCUCGAGCUUCUACUUCGACGACAGGGUCAUACAGUUUGUGUCAUCGAAAUGAUGAAUUCUUCGGGUAAUUAUCUACUUGCUACUGUUAGAAGAGUUGAAAUUCCGGAGUUAAUUUUGCCCUUUCAAUAUACAGGAGACAUUACACAGGUCGAUUUCGAUCUCGAUCAUUCGAGAUGCGUCUGGAAAAGUCUGAUUAUACUAAACGAUAACCUAUUGGACUCAAUUUUUCAUGCUGAUUCCGAUUAUGGUAUUUGUUUUGAUAUUUGA